AUGAGCGUGUCGCAGUCGACGUGUCCCCGUGGCGCCCGCGUCUCCAUCGUGGCGUUCAGCGCUCGAACCAAGUACCUCCUACGCUUCUCCGACUACAGCGGCAAAGAGCAGCUGCUGCAGGCUGUCAGGAACAUCGGCCUGGAGCGGACCGCCAGCCGGAGGAGGCUGGGGGAGGCCAUGAGGUUCGUGGGGCACCAUGUGUUGAAGAGGGUGCGUUCCGCUCACACGCUGCAGAAGGUGGCGCUGUUCUUCUCUAAUGGACCGACUCAGGACCCGGAGGAGCUGGUUACCGCGGUGAUGGAGCUCAGAGCCAAUAACAUUGUCCCAGUGGUGAUGUCCCUGAGGACCGCCCCCAACGUGGAGACCGCCCUGAAGGUUGAUGAUUCGGGGAAAUCCAUUUUUUCUGUUUUGAGUCGAAAUAAAGAAGAAACUCUGAAGAAGAUCAAGAACUGUGCUCUGUGCAACGACCCCUGCAGCCCCUCCCCCUCCUGCUCCUUCCAGGACCGGCCUGUGUCUGUGGACCUGGACCUGGCGCUGGUCCUGGAUGGGUCUAGGGAGGUUCCUCAGGACCAGUUCCAGGGUUUUCAGGAGCUGUUGGGUUCAGUGGUUUCACAGGUGUCCCUCAGCCCGAGCCCUCAGAGACCUGGUCCAGGCCAGGUCCGGGUCGGUCUGGUUCAGAUGAGUGGGAACAGUCCUACCCUGGAGUUUGGACUGGACCAGUACCAGAACCAGGUGCAGGUCCAGGACCAUCUGCUCCACAAGGUCCAACAGAAGAGAGGCUCCUCUGCCCUGGGACUGACUCUGGACUUCACCCUCCGCCAGCUCCUGCUCAGGUCAGGUUCUCCCCCCCGGCAGAAGCUCCUCCUCCUCGUCCUGGGGACUCAGUCUGUGUCUCUGAGGGACCGCUCUCGCCUGGACUUCGUUUCCCAGCAGGCCUUGUGUGAGGGCGUGGCUGUUGCCGUGGUGACGGUGGGGGCGGGGCCUAACCGGACUCAGGUGGAGCGUCUGGCCAGUCCCCCGGUCCCUCAGCAUCUGGUCCAACUGGUCGACCUCAAAGGAGACCAGCGGGACUACACAGCAAGGUUCCUUCGGGUGUUACUGUCCAUGAUAACCAAGCGGGUGAACUCUUACCCUCCUCCUGCAGUCCAAAGGAGCUGCGGCCAGUUCACGGGUCAGACCGGACAGGGCCCUGUGAUCGUGGAUGAUCAGGAGGUGUUUGAGGAGGCGCAGGAGCGCUUCCAGGAGCACACAGGACCAGGACAAGUCCAGACCGGCCUGGGACAGACCAGUCUUGGACAGGUGGACCUGGUUCACACCUGGACCAGAGGAGACGGACAGACCUUUGAGACCACAGCUCAGAGCAACGCUCUCUGUGCGUUAGCCGUAGACUCAGGGGUGCAGUGUGGUAACCCCGUGCGUCGCUGGUACUUUGCCGCGGCCUUCGGUGCUUGUGCCCCCUUCUGGUUCGGAGGCUGUGGGGGAAACGCUAACAGCUUUAGCACGGAGCAUGAGUGUUUGAGGACGUGUGAGCGUAAGUGCAUCCGCUCUAACCUGCAAUGCACCAGCAACGCACCAGCAACUCACCAAAUAGUACCACCACCAGACCAUCAGCUAACCUGCUCACCAACUAGUACCACCACCAGACCAUCAGCUAACCUGCUCACCAACUAG